AUGCAUUACACGUUUUACCCCUUUGGAGGCUUUCAGUGGGACUUCUACACCUAUCCACUUCGCCCCAUCAUUAGAAGAAGGCACAGCCUAACUAUGAUUCCACUAUGUAACUUUGUGGUAUGGGUAAUUCUAGUGGUGCUGACGUUUCCUUGUUGUAUUCAGGGUCUCAUCUUCAAAGUGGGAAUCCUUGGGCCAUGGAAUUGCGACCCAGUCUUCUCAAAGGCCCUUCCUGGGCUAGCAGCUAAACUGGCUGUGAGCAGGAUCAACGAGGACUUCAGCCUAGAUCUGGGUUAUAACCUUGACUUUAUGAUUCUCCAGGAGCCUUGUGAAACAUCAAAAGCCCUGACCACAUUCAUCCAGUACGAGAAUGUGGUACAGGCAUUCAUUGGUCCUGCCAAUCCUGGUUAUUGUGACGCAGCAACACUUUUGGGAAAAAACUGGAACAAGGCCAUGUUCUCCUGGGCGUGCAUCAAUUAUGAGCUUGACCGGACAGAGGUUUACCCUACAUUUGCCAGGACUCUGCCCUCACCCACCCGGAUUCUGUAUGCCAUGUUAAAGUAUUUCAAGUGGGCACACAUUGGGGUUGUUUCUUCCAAUGAAGACAUCUGGGUGGACACCGCCAACAAAGUUGCAAACUCCCUCAGGAGCUUGGGCCUUCCUGUUGGCAUAGUGUCCUCUAUGGGCGACAACUCCACAGAGAUGGAAAGCACUCUAAGGAAAAUUGAAGAAGCUGGAGCCAUAAAAGUUGUUAUCAUGUGCAUGCACUCCAUGCUGAUGGGGGGUGAGCAGCAGGCCGCCUUCCUGGAGAAAGCCCACGAGAUGGGGCUCACAAAGGGGAAGUACAUCUUUGUGCCGUACGACACCCUGCUCUACAGCCUACCCUACGCCGACAUCUCAUAUGCCGUUCUGCAGAACAACACCAAGCUGCAGCAGGCCUUCGAUGCGGUGCUCACCGUCACUGUUGCAUCUGAGCAGAUGUCGUUCAACGAGGCCUUCAACAUGGCUAGACGACUGGGAGAAAUCACCAUGUCGCACGACCCUCAGAACGUUUCCCCAUUGUUUGGAACCAUCUACAAUGCUAUCUACCUGGUUGCCAAAGCCAUGCAUAAUGCCAGGAGGGCUGGACAGUGGCUGUCUGGGUCCAACAUUGCCUUCUUCACCAGAAAUGUGACGUUCACAGGUUUCAACCAGAACAUCCGUAUAGACAGCCAAGGUGAUGGUGUCACCAGCUACGUGAUCCUGGACACAGAUGGCCAGGGGUCUCAGCUGUACCAUACCUACCUUGUGGACCUGGCUGCAGAUGAGCUUGCCUUUGCUGGCCGGUCCAUUCACUUUCCAGGGGGCUCUCCACCAUCUGGUGACUCCAGCUGCUGGUUUAACCCUGAAGGGAUCUGCACAGGAGGAGUGGAGAUCACCUAUGUCAUUGUGGUGUUUGUGACGAUCUUCAUUCUGGCUGUAGGCAGUAUGGGUUUAACUUUGCUUAUCAGGAGGCGAAUUCAGCAAAUCCAGCUUGUGAAAGGGCCCAAUCGGAUCCUGCUAACAUUAGAUGACCUUACCUUCAUCAACCCUCAGCUCAGUAAGAAGAAAAUAACCUUGGAUGACCUGAGCGAAUCAAAAAGCAUAAUGGAGGAUAAGUCGAUGGAUCAUUCUGUGAACAGUAUAACAACAGCCACUCAUGAAACCACCAAUGUAGCUGUCUUUGAGGGUGAUUGGGUUUGGUUGAAGAAGUUUGAGGAUGGUCACUUCAAAGAGGUGAAGCCAAGCACAACAAAAAUUUUUAUGAAGAUGAAGGAUCUCCGCAAUGAGAACGUGAACCCGUUCCUGGGGUUCUUUGUGGAUGACAACAUGUUUGCUGUAGUGACGGAACACUGCUCCCGUGGAAGCUUGCAGGACCUCCUUCGCAACGACGACGUCAAGCUUGACUGGAUGUUCAAGUCAUCUCUGCUGCUAGACCUCAUCAAGGGCAUAAAGUACCUGCACCAUCGGGAGUUUGUCCAUGGGCGCCUGAAGUCCCGUAACUGCGUGGUGGAUGGACGCUUUGUCUUGAAGAUCACUGACUAUGGCUACAACGAGUUGCUUGAAUCUCAGAAAGCCCCACGAGGACAAUAUGCACCUGAAGAUCUGUUCUGGACAGCCCCGGAGCUGCUCCGGGACCUGGACAACUCCAGGAAGGGUACUUUCAAAGGGGAUGUGUACGCCUUCGCUAUCAUUCUGCAGGAGGUGGUUGUCCGUGGACCUCCAUACUGCAUGCUGGGUCUGAGCCCUGAAGAAAUCAUCAGGAAGGUGAAGAAACCUCCACCCAUGUGCAGACCCACCGUGGCCCCCGACCAGGCACCGCUGGAAUGCAUCCAGCUGAUGAAGCAGUGUUGGAGCGAGCAGCCCGACCGCAGGCCCCCAUUUGAUGAGAUCUUUGACCAGUUUAAGAUCAUCAACAAGGGUAAGAAGACCAACAUCAUUGACUCCAUGUUGCGCAUGCUGGAGCAGUAUUCCAGCAAUCUGGAGGACUUGAUCCGAGAGAGGACUGAGGAGCUGGAGGUGGAGAAACAGAGAACAGAGAAGCUCCUGUCUGAGAUGCUGCCGCCGUCUGUCGCAGAGGCCCUGAAGACUGGUGGCACGGUGGAGCCCGAGUACUUUGAUCAGGUCACCAUUUACUUCAGCGAUAUUGUUGGCUUCACCACCAUCUCCUCCCUCAGCGACCCCAUCGAGGUGGUGGACCUCCUUAACGACCUCUACACACUGUUUGACGCUGUGCUGUGCAAUCAUGAUGUCUACAAGGUGGAGACCAUUGGUGAUGCCUACAUGGUGGCCUCUGGUCUACCGAAGAGAAACGGCAACAAGCACGCGGCGGAGAUCGCCAACAUGUCCCUGAACAUCCUCAGCUCUGUGGGCACCUUCCAGAUGCGCCACAUGCCUGAAGUACCCAUCAGGAUACGCAUUGGCAUCCACUCAGGGCCAUGUGUUGCUGGCGUGGUGGGUCUGACCAUGCCUCGUUACUGCCUUUUCGGAGAUACUGUCAACACCGCCUCCCGUAUGGAAUCCACCGGACUGCCUUACAGAAUCCAUGUGAACAUAAGCACAGUGAACAUCUUACGUUCUCUGAACGAAGGCUACAAGAUUGAACUCAGGGGCAAAACAGAGCUGAAGGGCAAAGGCAUUGAGGAGACAUACUGGCUUGUGGGAAAAUCCAACUUCUUUCAGCCUCUGCCGAAACCUCCGGAAAUAAAACCAGGGGACAACUGGCAGGAAAUGGUGACAGAGGAGAUCAAGUCGAUAUUCCGCAAGGCCAAACGGCAGGUGGACAAGCCCAAGAUCUGA